CACCAAACGGAACUUGCUGAAUCAAAACAAUGGCCGAUUGGAGCUGGCUAACGUUACGUUAAAAAAAAAAACGAAUUCUAGUUUCAACUGUAGAUAAACAGGUGUGCGUUAUUUUUUAAGACAAUAUCAGUGUUAUGAGCAAAUGAUUCACUAGGUGUACUUUACGAGCAAGAAGCUAGCUGUUUGUGGCCUGCUUUGAGCGUCGCCAUGAGUGAUGUUGUCGAGAAGACUCUGUCUGCUCUCCCGAGCCUCCUUUCGCUAGACUCGCAGGCAGGAGCUGGGAAACUUUCCCCCUCCUCCAAAUUAGGGAAUCUGAUCAAAGGAAUCACUGAACUGACAUCCAAACAUGAGGAGGAAAAGCUUAUUAAAAAGGAACUGGCGUCUAUCAAGGAGCAGGUAGCAUCUCCCAACACCACCAUGCGUCAGAUGAAGGAAAUAAUGGUGAGAGCCAUCUACUGUGAGAUGCUGGGUUACCAGGCGUCCUUCAGUUACAUUCACGCCAUCAAGCUGGCCCAGCAGGGCAGUGUCCUGGAGAAGAGAGUGGGUUACCUUGCUGUAUCCUUGUUCCUUAAUGAAACUGAUGAGUUUCUGCUACUCCUGGUGAACACAGUCUUAAAGGAUCUGCAGAGUACCAACCUGAUCGAGGUGUGCAUGGCUCUAACUGUCGUCAGUCAGAUGUUUCCCAAAGAUAUGAUACCUGCCAUCCUACCGGUGGUGGAGGAGAAACUCACACAUCCAAAGGAGAUCAUCCGGAGGAAAGCAGUCCUGGCUCUGUACAAGUUCUACCUGAUCGCACCGAACCAGGUGCAGCACAUCCACAGCAAGUUUAGGAAGGCCCUGUGUGACAAAGACCCCGGAGUCAUGACAGCCUCUCUACACAUCUACCUACAGCUCAUCAAGGAGAGCCCAGAGAGUUAUAAGGAUCUGACCGGGAGCAUGGUAACCAUCCUGAGGCAGGUGGUAGGAGGUAAACUCCCCCUGGACUUCAACUACCACAGUGUUCCUGCUCCCUGGCUUCAGAUACAGCUGCUCAGAAUACUGGCCUACCUGGGGAAGGAAGACCAGGGCACUAGUGAGGUGAUGUAUGAUGUACUGGAGGAGUCGUUAAGAAGAGCAGAGAUGAAUCACAACAUGACUUACGCCAUUUUAUUUGAGUGUGUGAAGACCAUCUAUACCGUUCAUCCUAAGUCACAACUGUUGGAGAAAGCAGCGGAAUGCAUCGGGAACUUUGUCCUAUCGCCUAAGAUCAACCUCAAAUAUCUGGGUCUGAAGGCUCUGACGUACGUGGUGCAACAGGAUGCUAACCUGGCCCUGCCUCACCAGAUGACCAUCAUAGAGUGUCUGGACCACUCUGAUGUCAUCAUUAAGCGCGAGACACUGGAGUUACUCUUCCGCAUCACCAAUGCCCAGAACGUUACAGUGAUCGUCGAGAAGAUGCUUGAGUUUCUCAGGCUGACCUGUGACGACUACAGCACUAUAGACCUCGUGGGGAAAGUAGCAGAACUAGCUGAAAAGUAUGCCCCAGACCAUGUCUGGUUCAUCCAGACUAUGAACUCUGUGUUCUCUCUGGGGGGUGACAUGAUGCAGCCUGACAUCCCUAACAACUUCCUUAGACUACUGGCAGAAGGUGUUGAUAAUGUGGAGGACAAGCAGCUGAGGAUAUUUGCUGUGGACUCCUACGUGUCCUUGCUACAGGGGGAGACGGCCAAGCUGCCCCAACGCUUCCUACAGGUCAUCAGCUGGGUGCUGGGUGAGUAUUCCUACCUGAGAGAGGAGGACUUAGACCCAGGCAGCGUGAUGAGACUGCUAGCCAGACUACUGGACCAGAGACACACCUCCACUGAGACCAGGAGCUGGGUACUGGGGGCCAUGACCAAGCUGUGCUCCAGCCCAGUGUCUGUGGCCCUGGCCAGGGAUGUGUGUGAAAGGUACUCUGGGUCUCUGAAUACGGUGCUCCGGCAGAGGGCCCAGGAACUGAUGAUCCUUAGCCAGGAUACAAAGCUCCGAGCCAGGGUACUGCCAGCCGAGGGCAAGCUAGAAACCCUGGAGGUAGACUCGUCCCUGUCCUUCCUGGAUGGCUAUGUGUCUGAGGCGUUGGCUGCUGGGGCAGCUCCGUAUAAAUCUCCUCAUCAGAGGCAGGAGGACCUGGUCCAGGAGAAAGCUCUGAGCCUGGAGCCUAUGGUCUGUCCCUGCCGGUCAGUCUGUCGUCCUGCAGCAUCACAAGACAGACUGACAGACAGACCGGUCCUAAUGGCCUGUACUCAGGGCUCCACUGUCCCUCCAUCAGGUCCUAAUGCCUGCUCUACCACUCUGAAGUUGGACGGGGUGAAGAGGGUGUGGGGGAAGGACGGGUACCUGGCCCAGCAGCAGAGUGCAGGAGAGACCCCAACCCCCCUAGUGGAGCUGCCCAGUCCCCUGCUGUCCCCUCAGAGCCCACCCUCCCAGACACAGAAACCCUCCUCUGGACCUGAGCCUGACCAGGAGAAACGGCAGCUGGCCUCGUCGCUCUUUGUUGGCCUGGGGUCCCACAACUCUGUGUGUCUGAUGGGCCGAGCCGAGCCGGCGCCCCGACACUUCAGAAGGAAACCCAGAGGGGAGUCAUCAGGCGCCAGCGAAGGCUCCUCUGACUCCUCCCACUCGUCUCGCAGCGCUGCCGUUGACAACCUUCUGCUUAGCAACCUACUGGACUCGACCACUGUGGCCUCAGAGGGGGGUGCUGCUACCACCACCGCACCUCAACAGACCUCCCAGAGAACGCUGGACCAUACCACUAGCAACGGUAGCCCCCAUGUAGAGGAGACGGAGCAGAGAGUAGAGGCAGGAGGACCUCUCUCUCUGAUCAGGGGAAAUGGCAUGGUGGCUGUUGUACCGCCCACAUACACACAGACAGACCCACAAACACAACAAGAUCUACACCCAGCUCCAGCCCUAGAUAUAACCAGGGACCUCCCUCUCACCUCCCACCUGCCAGCAGAGCUCUCUGGGCUGGCCCGCUCUGAGUUCACCCCCCUCUGCUCGGAGCAGGACUCUAGCCUGGCUCUGUCAGCCUGUAGAGUGUAUAAAGAGGAUGCCUUAGUGUUGCUGGUCUUCAUUUCCAACAACACUGACUCGGCGCUCCACCAGAUGGCGCUGCAGCUCACCUGCAAGGAACUGGAGAUCUCCUGUAUCUCAGGKAGUCCGUUAAAGGAGGUUAAGGGUCACAGUGUGUCGGUUUGUCUGCACACUGUUGUCAUGAAGAGAGCCUCAGUCCAGGUGGAGCUGGCUGGGUUACUGUCCUACCAGAGACCCCUGGGCCAGCCCCAGGCAGCACAGUUCUCACUGAGCCUCUCCCUGAAACACUUCCUCAGGCCGUUGACUGUGUCCACAGGGGAUUAUGGGAAAAUGUGGUUGUCUUUCUCUCAUGACUUGAARCAGAACCUUCGACUGGUAACAACAGAACACCAAGAACCUCUGACGGCCACACUGGACGCGCUGAAGGGCAAACUACAUCUCCACGUUGUCGACAUCAUAGGGUCGGAGGGCAUCGUGGCGUGCCGGCUGCUCCAGGGUCAAGGUCAGGGUCAGCCAUGUCUGCUUCACUGUCGUGUCCACGCUGACUCUCUGGCCGUGUGGCUGCGCUCCCCUGUCCCCGAGCUGCCUGACUCCCUCCUCUACCACUGYCAGAAAGCCCUGACGGAGACCUGAGCCGGGCCGUGUCUCAUUCCAGGAAGUUGUUCCCUUCCUUCUGCUUUCGUUCACCUCACUGAUCAUUUUUUAAAAAGUUAUAUGGCAGCGACUAAGGAUGCGUUUAGACAGGCAGCCCAAGUUUUUUUCACUAAUUGGUCUAAUCCAAUCAGCUCUGAAGAUCUGAUGUGAAUGGUCAAAAGACCAAUUCGUGGAGAGAAAAAAAGAAGAGAAUUGGCCUGCCUGUCUAUUUGGUUUACACCUGCCCAGUUGUUUGUCUCAUCGGUGAAGGAGAGUCAACAAGGACGAAGGGGAGGAAACCACUUUAUGGAAUGAAGUGCAGCCCUGCGCUCACAGGCCCCAAGCACCACCACUGAGGGGCCAACUGAAGUACAUAGAAUCUCCUCAUUGAAGCAAUCACACAGAGACAUACAGUGGAAAGCAGCUGAUGUUACGUGUCCUUGUCUUUGCAGUACAGUGUUUGCUAUAUAUUUUUCUCAACGGUGAUUUCACGAGGUUUCAUAUUUUUUAUGCUCAUGUAUUUAUUGCGUUUUUAACGGGAACAACUAAUUGUUCUUAUCGCUUCACAUAGCUCUUUGAGAAAACGUGAGCUGUGAACCUCAGAAGGAACUAGUGGAAAGCGUGCUCUGUAUUAGACACCCUCUGGAAAUAAACAAACACUUAUUAAAUGAGGAGCUUUGACUUGACUUAAUAAGCUUCCCUAUCUGUGUGAGAAGGAAGUCCAGGAAGUCUAGAAGUCAUGGGAUUCUUGGCCAUGUUUCCCAUUUUAUCUUUUAUCUGAUCAUUGGUCUUAUUGGUCUCCUAGACUCUUUCUUUCCCUCUCUCCCUCUCUCCCUCUUCCUCCUUUCGCUCUCUCUUACUCCUCUCUUCCUCCUCUCUCCCUCUUCCUCCUCUCUCCCUCUUCCUCCUCUUGUAGCUAUGACACUAGUUGAGCUGCUGUUGAAUGGCUCACAAAAGCUUCAGUAGGUAAGUUAAUGACAUGAUCAAUAUGCAGAAAGGUAUUAUCAAGGCAGAAAUGUUUCAGUUUAACAGUACAUGUUAUACUGAACUGUCAUUGUCAUGCAUGUUACGUUCUCCAGACGCUGCAUCUAAUAAUUAAUGAUCUACUAACAGUAUGCAUUUGAUUKAUUUCCAAUUCACAGGCAAGAGCUGAAACCCAGGAGUCAUCGAUGAUUAUAUUUUUAUAACAAUGCAGCGUUUCAAACGUUUAUUUAUUUGAUAUUCUUAUAGAAUAUAUUUGGUUAUCUUGUGAAAUACAAGAUAAAAGAGCUUUAAGUCAAAACCUUUUUGCUUCAUGUGUUCCCCUCGGAUAUCAGUUAGUCUAACGUUAAUCUAUUCCACUACACACGUCCUCCUCRUGCUUGCUGUGCGCCAUAGCCAGGGGACAAAGUUCAUCUGUUCGUUUUCAAUGAUAUUCAAUGUGUGUUCAGAUGUGUAUCAUUUUUUGCYUUUUCGUUUUGUAAAAGCUUGAGUGCUAAAAGUGGAUACUUUUUUUUUAUGGAACCGAAGAAUUGUAUGUAAUUUGAACGCUAACACAAAGAUAACCAACCAAAAACACCUUAUGCUCUGAUGCCAAGGAGACAUGUUMAUUUUGUGCCUGUAGUACAAAGAGACCCGUGUACUUUAGUGCCUGUCUGCAGUUCKGCUUACUUUAGUUAAUAAACCUGACAUUUAACCAUUUUACUCGUCUAUUUAGGUAAUCAUUCAUUACCUUGAACAUGCAACACCAGUAACCAUGUGAAAAGAAGUUUAAGUUUUCAAGACUUGAGGAUAAAAUACUUGUAUAAAGAAUUGUUUGUAUCAUGUGCAUAACUACUGUAACCAUUUACUCAAUAAAAUAAGAAUUGUGUAGAAA